AUGAAGAAGGAAGAAGAACAUGAAAACAGUUGUCAUGGUGAAGAGACAUUGAUUCCAGGUGGAGCUGGUUGGGAGGAAAGAUUCAAGAGAAUACAAAAUCUUAAUACAGAAGAGGAGUCUGAUGAAUUCUACGAGCUCACCGCCGCUGAUUAUUUCCGCCUUGCGGCAACGAAGAAAGAAGAUAAAUCCUUGAAGACAAGAAAACUCCGGGAAGCAGAAGAAGCUGCUCGUCGAGCGAAGCUGACUAAGGCUGUAAUGCGGGUUCGUUUUCCUGAUAAUCACACAUUGGAGGCAACAUUUCAUCCCUCAGAAAAGAUCCAAUGCUUGAUUGAUCUUCUCAAAAGAGUCGUUGCCCAUCCAGAUACUUCUUUCUACUUGUACACAACACCUCCCAAGAAGCAGAUAAAAGAUUUCUCGCAAGACUUCUACACCGCUGGGUUUAUUCCUGGAGCAAUUGUUUACUUUGCACACGAUCAACCAAAAGAUGAUGGUGCUAGUUCAACUCCUUAUCUCAGUGAAGAGAUCUUGUCACUGAAAGAUUUAGAGGUGACGACCAAAGCAGAAGAACCGGUUGAGCCAUCUUCAGAGCCUGACACGACCGACGCUGGUCCUGCACCGGUUGAACAAGAGCCUAAACCCGCGGAGAAGAAGAACGCAAAGCCUAAGUGGUUUAAAAUGUGA